ACAUACGAUUUUGCAUUUCUUUCUCUUCCGUUUCCAUUGUUUUUUUCGUUCUCCUUCCCUCUUCGAAUAAAGAGAAGGAAAAAACAAUGGCCGCCGCCAAACUCCUCCGUAUUCCCCUCCUUCUCAUCAUCUCCAUCGCUCUCUCCCUCCCCGCCCAGGCACAAAACGCCCCCUUCGACGACAAAGACGGCGGCGGCGGCUACGCCUCUGCUGUCAACACCAUAUCCCUCACCCCUGAGGCCUCUCCCGCCGCCGCCCCCUCCUCCUCUGACGAACCCGCUCCCGGCGGCUCCUACGACCCCUCCGUCGACGCCCAACCAGCUUCCGGCGACUCCUCGGCUGAUUCCUCCUCCUCCUCCACCGCCGGCGAUGACUCUUCUUCGGCGAAUUCCUCCACUACCGCCACCCUCCCCCUCAAGGCCAUUCCGUGGAGAAAAUCAGACAAUCUGGAUAACGAACCCAUAAUGUCUUACGACGUCCCGAAGGAUAAGCAGAAGAGCGUGAAUAUGUUCGUCCAAUCCACGAUGCAGGUAACCGAGGCGAAAACGCAGAACUUCAUCGACACCGUGAUCGAGAAGAGGCUGAACGAUCCCCAGAUCGGCACCUUCACCAAAGAUUGCCUCCGCACAUGCAAAGAGGUUUACGAGGACUCCAAGGACGCCAUGAAGAAGACGCUGGAGGAUGUGGACGGGGGGAACUACUACAAAGCCAACAUCGACGUCAGCGCCAUUUCCUCCGACGCCGAGACCUGCAAGGAGUGCGUCAAAAUGGUGUACGGCAAGGACCAGGAGUUGGACAAGUUUAACACGUGGGUCGACGGCGUUAUUGACCAGUGCCUCACCAUGAUCACCGGCUAUAAAGCUUAAUUUUCUCAUCCCAUGUAGCAACUUUACGUACAUACUACUUAUCAGAAAUGCAAAAUUAACAAAAAGUUAUAUUAUAUUUUUUCUUUGGUGGGGUUAACCCCUUCCAUACUGGAAAGGAUCAAGACAAACAAACCAAAUU